AUGGGUGUUAAUGCUACCGCAGUUGUUCAUUUUUGCAAUUUAAAAUUUUCACAUGUUGUCACAUCAUCAUCUAAAAUUAAGGAGCUAAAGAUGAUGGCUUGUUCUCGUUGGAUUUCUCUUCUAGAUGACUUGGCUGAAGAUAACAGCACUGCUUUUAUUGAAGAUGGAGCACUAGUGUCUCGUCCAAGGAGAUUAAAGGAGUGGGAGAAUGUUAUUGGUGAUGUUGGUCAACAUAUCGGAUAUCCAUAUGCAAUCAUAAAGAGUGCUCCUGAUCGUUAUAUUGUUAAGUGUGCUUCGUUCGCCACGAAAACUUGUAAAUGGAUAUUUCAUGCUUCAUCCAUCCAAGGUAACUUAGAUCUGUUUGAAAUUAAAACAUUUUACAAAGAGCACACAUGUGGAUCUGGUACUGCUGAUUCUCGCCAAUUUAAAUGCAAGCGUAAGUUUGUACAAAGUGUGAUAAUGGACGAUAUAAGACACGAUCCUCACAAAAAGAAGGCUUCGGAUAUCCAAAAAAUAUUUGAAUUGGAUUAUGGGAUAGAUUUAAGUUACCAUCAAGCUUAUUCCGGUCUUGAGUAUGGAAAGCAAGUUUUAUGGGGAGAUGAUGUGGAGUUAUAUUCAGACUUUCAAUGGUAUGUUGAUGUUGUUAAUAAGUAUAAUACCGAUAGUAAAGUUGUUCUUGAAGUUGAUAAAGUCUCCAAGAAGUUUGAGAGAUUUUUCAUAUCUUUUGAAGCUUUUACACAUGGCUUUAACUUCUGUCGUCCUAUGAUUAUCCUGGAUGCUACCUUUCUUGUCGGAAAACACAAGGGUGCCCUAAUGGUAGUUGUGGGAAAGGAUACAAAUCAAGGAAUUUUUCCUAUAGCUUUUGGUAUAGUUGACAUUGAAGAUAAACCAAAUUGGGUAUGGUUUUUAGAGCAUUUGAAGGAGAUUCUUGAUGAGAAAAGAAUUAUAACUUUUAUAAGCGAUCAAGGUAAAGGACUGAUCCAUGCAGUCCCAGAAGUUUUUCCAGGCUGCUUUCAUUCCUUCUGUUUUUAUCACAUGAAGCUUAAUAUUCCUGUUUCUAAAAAUGAUAAGAGAUACAAGGCAGUAGUUAGUAUGUUUAAGUAUGCGUACUAUGCUCUCACUCCUCAAGGUUUUGCUUCCGCUUUGAAAUCCAUGAAAUUGUGCAACUUACAUAAAAUGAUCAUUUGGCUGAACGGAAUUCCUCAUGAGAAUUGGGCAACUUAUGCAUUUUUGGGAAUGCAUUAUGGAGAAAAGAGUUCUAGUGUUAUUGAAUCUUUCAAUAGUUUUAUAAAAAAUGACAAGGGACUUCCACAUUCAUUUUUAGCGGAUCAAAUUCAGGUUCAUCUUAUGGAUUGGAUGUAUAAAAGAAAGAAGGAAUCUGAAAAGUGGAAAUCAGUCCUUACACCCAGAAUGGAACACAGACUUAAGACCAUUAAGGAUGUUGGUAGAAGCUACAGGGUUAAGCCAGCAGGGGGAUGGUACUCUAAACACACUGUAUACCAUUACAUUGAUCCUGCGUUUACAACUGAUUACUAUCGAAAUGCCUAUUCACAUCUAAUUGUCCCCAUUCCUGAUGUUGAGAAACCAAAUGAAGUUGAUGAAGCCAAUAAGGUUAAUGCUCCUAAUGUUGUUAGAGGACCUGGAAGACAGAAAAAAAAGAGGUACAUACCUCGUUCUGAAAAGCCUAGGUAA